AUUCUCCUCCCAUGGAUGUUUGGAGCUGACGCACGGACUUCCACUCUGUGUGUGUGAAGGUGUUUGUUUUGGUUACUUCUAGGACCUUUUCCAGCAUAAACACUGACCGUUUCAGGACCAGCGGUCCUCAUGGGGACCUAAGACGGGUCCUAAUGAGGCCAAACGUCGUUUCUGAGGUCGUGGUUAAGGCCUCGUCAGAAGUGUACCAUACCUGUCCUCCAGGACUGAAUCCAUGGGCUCAAUCCCCGACGUGUCCACCACAUGAAGCUGAUCUGCAAACCGUAUCGCUUUCUCCAAACAGGCCAGACCCUCUUUGGUCCGGAAAUCCACCAAGGCCAGUCGCUCCAGUUUGUCCACGAGAUCUGCAGGGAUUCGUGUGGGCUGCAAAAUCAGAGAGGGGUUGGUGAGAAAUGUGUACAAUUCACCAUCACUUUAAAAAAAACUUAAGCUCUAAAUAACCUUUGAAUAAAACCGCUAAAUUCAUUGAUAAUGUCUAAUCACCAAACACUUCCAUGACUCAUGACCCAGCCUGUCUGACCUUUGGUAAUCUGCUGGUUUAUUACAUGUUCAUUCAUUUUAUGAGUUUCUAGCACAUGAUAUUGAGACAUGAUGUUGAGUAACUAAGUCAUUAUAUUUUGAGAAUUUCCCAUUAUAAUAACUCAAUAACAAAUUGGCAGAAAUGGGCUUCCAUGCAGUUUGUAUUGCAGAUUGACUCAUGUUGGCUACAGAUAAACUGCUCAAUAAAUGUUUUUACAUCUUGCCAACAGGUCUACUCCUACAACUUAUGUUGAAAUGUAUAUUUUUUCAUUACAUUUACAUACCUGUGUGAAAAUGGCUGAUAACAGACAGCAGAACCUGGGAUUUUAAACUAAAUGGGCAUGAAUUUCAUACUAGUCACAAGUACCAAGUAAUGAGGACAUUACCGGGGGUAGUUGGUCCUCUGGUACUGGUUCCCAUGUUGCAAACUCAGGCACCUGGAGCAGAGACAAACAACCAGGAAAUAAGACCAACAGUGAAUCAAUGUCCUGCACUAGAGGUUCAAUGUGUAGUAUGAAGUGACAUCUAGUGGUGAUGGAUCAUGAUUGUGGUAGCAGCUGAUCAUGGACAGACUGCUUGACAUACAAUUCGUCUCCUCACAUACACUGCCAUUACUGGCAAUAACUCCUCAAAUAAUUUGUCAAAGCUGCUCCCUUCAUCUCUUCCAGACAUUUUCUUAUGAAUAAAUACUUAAACUUUUACAGAUUGACACACUUCUCCAUUAGUCUACAAACUGUUUUUUCUUAUUAAUGUUGUAAAUAUUGUUAUUUUGCUGAUGUUCUCAGUUCCUCUUGCAUCUAUUGCACUUGUGUCCGGCCUGGGAGUUGAUUUGACCUGAAGUUGCAUGUGGACCCUGAAUAUCCCUCACCUCACCCUCCCCUUCUAAACAUGAACACCUAUGGUAGCCUUUGGUUGUUAUUGACUGUAAAAAACAUGGCUUUUUACAUAGAGAGGACCCGCUCCAACAUAGAUAUAAAGUACUUGUAUCUCCAGAUUUCCAUCACAAUAUAAAGGGUAAAGAAAACUUGGAUUGAGAUGAUAUCACACUAUUUAAAUCAUCACUGGAAUUAUAUUAUUUUAAACUCUGCCAAUAUAUCUCUUUCCCCUUAAUCCUACCCACCGGACCUUGUCUCACAAACUAGCAUGGACUAACCUUUGGGUUGUGUGGUGCAGAGCUGCACACGCGUGUUACAGUGGAGAUGUGGCUCUGCAGGUUCAAGUGUCGAUACUUGGUUGUUUCAGUUGGGCUUGUUAGCUUCAGUGGAGGCCUGAUGUUUCUCAGUGACAAACCACGACAUGUGCGCGUUGCAGCGAGGCUAAACACGGACAUGUUCAACACUGUUCCCUUCACGACUGCGUUGGAGAUGUAGAAAAAACCCGAUCUCACAUUUCCUCAGUCUUCACUAACCUAACCAGGAAGGUUUAACUAGCUUCACAGGUCGGAUGCUAACGACCCGGUGCUAGCUAGCCCAAGUGAAACAAGAGAUGUACCCUCCACGUACUUCCUCCUUUGUUUAAGCUCAAUUCAGGGCUUUAGUUGAAUAAAAAGAGCGUUUCUUGAACAUGAAGCCACAUAACCACGUUUAUUAUGUGAUACAUAUAUUAGUAGAUAUUCGUAAAGAGCCCGUUUACGGAACAAAUAAUGUGAUAUAAUGAACCGCCACUGCAUAUGUCGAAUGCCGUCGUCCUCGUUGCCACGUCUAUGUAAUAUGCGAGAAACGUCUCCUUCCAUUUUGUUAUGCAAUCUUCUCUUUAAAUAGAACCGUUUCUUUAAAUAGAACCUCCAUACCAAUGUGCUAUAGAGCGCCCGGAUAGCUCAGUCGGUAGAGCAUCAGACUUUUAAUCUGAGGGUCCAGGGUUCAAGUCCCUGUUCGGGCGAAAAGCUCACUUUUUAAAUUUGUGUGUUAGUUUGAAUUAGGAUCACUAGAGACAUCCACCGUAGUAACAAUGUGCUGCUGAUUAUACAUAUAUUUAUAUGUGAAUUAUUGUAAUUUUUAAGGAACUAGUGCACAAUCACCGGCUGUAUUCGCUCUUCCUUACCGAUUAAACUGUCACCACACGGUUUGACCGUGGCUUGGUGUCAAAGUUUGAUUACACGCUAUCAACACAGUGUUCUUUAUCCUGGGUACAUGGACCAUCGAUGGAUUCAUGGUCCAAAAACAAAGGAAGCUUGACUUCAAACCCGUCUCAGAGCUGUGACAGCUGCCGAGAAGGCAGUGAUAUGUGAUGUUGUGAUAUAUGAUGAUGAUGGCUUUACUGGUGCCAUGUGCUUGGCCCUAAUGUAUUUCGAAGGAUUGUAUAUCCCUUUUGGGCCUUUUUCAUUUAUAUAUAUAUAUAUAUAUAUGUAUUAAACCCUUUGUAUAGAAUUAGAUUGUUUUACAAUGUUGAGCCGGCCCAAAAUAAAAAUAUUAGCUACACACGAGGCAGAAUUUGGAAGAAGAAAAAACAAAAUUCUUGUAUAAAUCAAUUCAUAAAUAAAUUAAAACGCCGCACCGUUUCCAUAUUUCGGCCAACCAAUCAGUGGGCCUGAUCUCUGUCCCUCACAGCCAAUCAGUGAGUCCACUCUCCUUCUUUCGGAAAACAACUCAGUGGGUCCGUUCUCCAUCUUUCAAGCGACGUUGCCUGACAGUGACGCACGUCCAAAGCCAAGCGUUCAGCCAAUGACAAUGGCCCGUCUUCAAGUUUCGGCGCAGCCACAGGAACCCUCCCCCUCUGUUGUCUACUUUAAAUGUUACCGUCUGAACUCCGUCAUUUGAGGAUUUAUACCGGAAAGGUAAGUUUUCGUCAAUGUCAUCUCACUUAGUCAGACUGCUAGCUAGCUUGUAAGCGUAUUUAUUACACCGAGAAGCCCGCCACGACACCGGGUUCAGCAUUCGCGAUUUAACGCCGUUCAUUCAUUCGCUGUGGAUGUCGCCAAUGUCAUUUUACUUAGUCAGACUGCUAGCUUGUAAGCUAAUUUAUUACACCGAGAAACGGCUAUGACACCGGGUUUAACAUUCGCGUUUGUUAAAUCGCAGUUCAAGCUGCAUUUGGCGCUUUUCAUACCGCUGUACGUCCACAUUUGCCGCUUUAAACGCCGCCAAUUUUAGCUCUUCAUCAUAACGCUGUACAUUAUCAUACAUUUUAAAUCUAAAGAGUGAAUAUGGUUUUACCUAUUGGAUUUGAAAUAUCCAUUCAAUUUAUAGUAGAGUAUAACAUCAUUAUAAUGUAACACAAGGUUUAACACAAGUUAUAAUAAAGUUGUAUAAAAAAAUGUAUGUAACCAAACUUUAAUACAAGCAGUUAUGGAAUACUACUAUAUUAUACAAUGAGCUGAAAUGUGUUAGAAUUUGCUGAUAAGUAUGCUGAUUCUUUUGUUUCUCUCUUGCAUGUAUAUACAUGUAUAAACUGAAAGUGUCUAUUAUUGUCAGAUGUCUCCCAAAGGCAAAAAACACAGAGCCAUGGGUGAUGAGGAGUGGAUGCCCCAUCUGCAUAGGUUUGCUGCUGUAGGGGCACCACGCCAGACCUCCACUUCUUGUGUCACAUUGGCUGCUACUGGAGCGAGAGUGUCAACUGCCACCUCCUUGGAUACCUCGUCUGCUCCUCCUGCCCCUGUGGACUCUGCCUCUGAUGAAUGUGUCUCCUCUGCUGCAACAUCUGUGGCUUGUCCCUCAGCACCUCCUGACCCUGAGCCAUUGGCCGAACAUCUAGUUGCUGCUGCUGGUUCAGAGCCUGGCUGGCUGCCUGCAAAGCUGAGGAAAACUAUACCAGCUCAGGACCAGAAAUGGAUUUCAGCAGCUCUGUGGAAGCACCAUCGCUUGCGCUCUGACCUUAAGCUGUGGUAUGAUCCACCAUUACCAGCGCUCAUUUACCAUCAGGUCCCCAGUCCAGAGCCCUUUUUUACCCACCGACUUCUCCUAUGGAUGCCCUACAACCUGUGGAAGGUGAGGCUGUCCUGUCCUGUUUGUAGCAAACAGCUCACAGGCUAUAGAGCCCACAAGAGAGCCCGCCAGGUUCUGGAUGUGGACUCUUUUUACCUGUUAAUAACUGAGACCCUGUGGUGCAGUGCAUGCAAAACCAGUUACAUUUCCACCAGCAAGCCAAUAUUGGACCAGCUAGAUGUGCCACACAGGCUGGAGUUCAGACUGAUCCUGACUCAAAGAUAUGCUUGUGACAUAAGGGUGAUUCGCUCUCUGAGGAAGAGUGCUCUGGGUAACAGCUCCUCCCGAUUGGUCAGGCAGCUGAGGGAAAACCACAGUGAGGAGUGGAUUAGGUUCCUCUGCCGAUACUUUGCUACAUGCACAGACUUUGCUGACCGGCAAUGCCUGCUCCCAGUCACGUUCCAGGAGCCGCCUGAGCCAGUAGCUAUCCCCUCUCACAGGUGGAUGCUAGCUGUGUAUGGCAGAGACAUUUUGAGCAGACUCGACCGCAUCAAAGCAAACAUUACAUGCACUUUUGGAAGUGUCCUAAAAAUGGACUCUACCAAAAAGAUCACCAAGAAGCUGUCAGGCUUGGCGAACGGGACUGCCUUGUGGCUUACAUCUGUGAGCAAUGAGGUGGGCCAAAUCCUCAACAGUGUCCUGACUGCUCAGAAGGGUCCAGCUCUGGACAUCAUGGCAGCUGAUCUCAUCCGGAGACACAGCAAUGCUGGUGUGGCCCCUCCAAAGCUACUGUACGUCAACACUGAAUGUUGUCGGGAGGGCACGGUACAGACCAAAUUAAAACAACGAUUUGGAGGGUGGCCAGACCUCAUUGUGAGGUUAGACAUUUACCACUUCAUGAGGCGACUGGCAUCUGGCUGUAUAAAGGAUGCUCAUCCUCUCUACCCCACCUUUAUGGCCAAAUUGUCCAGCUGCAUUUUUGAGUGGGACAGCAGAGAUGUUGCCUUGCUGCGGCGAGCCAAGCGUGCACAGCUGGUACGUGAAGGUGUACCGGGCAUUACUGACAAAAUGGUAGACCUCCAUAUCCCCAAGGGCGAACUGGCCAUGCACUGCAGAAGGCAGACAAGGGGAGAGCAGAAGACAAUCAUCUCUAUUGAAUGCCUGCUCAAUGAGCUGAUGGGGGUAAAGGGCAGAGACUCUCUUGGUAUCCCUCUGUUGGACAAGGAGAGGAUGCAGCACAUAUGGCAUGUCCAGAGGAGGCAUGUAAAGUGCAUUCAGGAUGUACCGGGUGUGCUUCUCUAUACCCAGACAGGCACCACCUCCAAAGAGGGCAUUGUUCUGCCAAAAUACAGGUGUGCUCGAGGGUCCACAUCAAUUGAGUCCUUCCACUUAUACCUGAACAGGUUCAUUCCAGGGACGAGUGCCAACAGCCUUAACUUCCAGCUGUACCUCCUGGAAGGGCUUAAUCGGUGGAACCAGGACCGUCAAGCUGCAUCCCUGGCAGGCAAGCCUCCCGGUCACUCAGGGGAACUUGUUCACGGUGUCAACACCAACAGUGUCAAGGUGCUUGGAUGGAAAGUUGUGCCCUCUUUUCAGCCCCCUGCUGUUUACACUGGGGAGCUCAUAGGUAUUGAUUACCUGUACCGUCAGACCGGAAGGCCCCUGCAGGAUGUACAUCCUGACUCAGAGGAGACCGACCAGAUGCUGGAGGACGUCUGCCCUGAGGAACAGCUGGAAGAUGAGGGCUUUGAGGAUGCUCUCUUGGACCCAACCAUUGAGCAGCUGGACCUGUCCUCAGAUCCGUCACCUACCAGCUUUUCAACUCCCUCUUCUCUCCACCCUACUGCUGCUCCUCCUAGGCCUGGCUGUAGCUCCACUGCAGCAGCAUCUGAGCAUCAUCUGAUUGAGUAUGAGGACACAGAAAUGCCCCCUGGCCCAUCAGCCCCUCCUGCUGGUUCUCUACUGCCAUGUUCCACCAGGCUUUCAGCAACUGUUUCUCCUGCUGUAAGGGCUGGUCCAUCAGCAUCCCGUCCAGCCCCUCCUACUGGUUCUCUACUGCCAUGUUCCACCAGCCUUACAGCAACUGUUUCUCCUGCUGUCAGGGCUGUUCCAUCAGCAUCCCCACCAGUCACUACUGCUGUAGCGCGGCGGGCUUUUCUGACCAGGGUGUUGCCUGGAAAGGCAGUGGACAAGAGGAAGUCUGUUCUUCCACCCGAACACCCUCGUCCUCCAAAGGCUGUCUGCCCAGGAUUGCCUUCUCUGAGGCUGUUGGUCACCCAGCAGACACGUCCACAUACCUCUGCCCCUAUGCCUGUUGUCCCCCCACCCAUCCCUUUCAGUGGCCCAUUGUUUUUUUUGACCCCACAAGUCCCUGCAGUCAGGUUCCUUGCUCCCGCUGGCCCCCUCCCCUCCCCAUCUCCUGCCCGUAGACGGUACGUUCGUACAACAGACAUAAACAAAUGCGGUCAGUGUCACCAGCCCCGGCAUAAGGAAAAUGGCCAUCGUCAAUAUUAUGGCUAUGUAUACUGUCCUUCUAAGAUUGACAUGCCACAUGACCAGUGGCUAGAGGACAUGCGGAGGAAGAAGGCAGCAAAGAAAUGAUUUCAUUCUUCUGGAGUAUAAAUAAUGUAUGUAUAUAGUUUUAAAAGAAAGCGUUGUUGCAAUAGUUCAGUAUUUUUUUAUCUUCUAAUGGUGGUUUAAUUUUCUUUUUAUGUUUAUUGGCAAAUACAUGAGGAUUUCUUUCAUUCUUUGUAUUUAAAAAAAAAAAAAUUUCACUCUUGUCUGUUUGUUGGUCCAUUUAUUUCAUUCAUUCGUUGUUUCUGUUUGUGGUUCCCUAUGUCAAGAUAUCCAGUGUUUUUUAUAAUAAAUGUAUAUACUUUUUCUACAGCACUCUUGUUUAUUUCUCCCAAUGCUCUAUGCA